AUGUCUCAAUUCAAGGAUAGUCCCAUAUGUGAACUUAUUGGCACACUCCUUGCUCGCUCUCUUGGCUCUCUCGAGUCGCUUUUCCCUCCUAUUCUGUGCGAGUCUCAUCGAACAACAGAGUUAUUACGUCGCCCCUACUUUAUCGGUUCAAUAGCUGAGGUUAAUACUUUGGCGUCGAUCUUGCAUUCAAAUGCUGCAUCUAAAGUUUCUGCUAACGAAGUCCGUGCAGAACUGAACGAACUGCGUAACCGACUACCCAAAUUUUUUUCAUCGAACAUUGCUGCUGUAGAUACACCAAAGACAUUAACAGAACCGUCCUCCUCUUCGCAUCCAAGACAAAAUGCUAUGAAGGUUUUGUCGGACAAAGUGCAUAUUUCGUCGUCGAAUUCGCCACCACAUGGUUACUAUCGUUUGAACCAUGCACCUAGCACUGAGACUAUUUACCCUCCAGAGUACUUUGAUGUCGUGGUCUUCCACACUGAGGCACAAUCUGAUCCUGUUGGAUUCAUCCCAGAGGAGAAGUUUAUGGAAAGGUUGGCAAGAGAUACCGUAGCGAAGAAGAAUAGUGGAGGGCAGAAGCGGACGCGCUUUGUUGAAACUGGAAGUACCAUUGAAUCAGCCAUAUCCGAUCGUACUCCAGACAACGCCUCCGAUAUAGAGGACACUGGAGAACAGCAUGAGGUUGGAUCGGUGUCUAGUAGCCAAGAAGCGCCUCAAGACAGGUGCGUUUUUGAGUUUGUAGAAGACAGAUUAUCGUUACACCUUUCUCUCACGUAAUC